AUGGUGUCUUUCGUUGCCACUAGGAAGCGGAAAGACGGCAAUAACCCGAUCACGACCUCACAAGACAAAGGCAAAGUCCGUAUCCUCGAGCGUCACGGAAGCCACCUUUCGGGAUCGUCCGUCAAACAAGCGCCAGUCAGGGCCAGCCUCCCGUCUUCACGCACCUUCAGUAACCUGCGCCGAGGAAGCGUCAAGAUCUUUUCUAUCUUUCGGAGCGGCAAAGCAAUGACGGUCGAAAGCGGUAGUUCCAAUACGAACACUUCCGAUAGCACCCAGCGUGCUAGUAUUGCGCCUUCCUCUACUCCGAGCGUGAUCAAAUCGCUGCAGUUCCCUAGUGUGCCCGAAAUCCCUACUAUCAAACCACCAUUUGUGCUCCGGAAAGGACCGUCGUCCAUGCUUCACCUCCCCAGCGCAGCUGGAUUUGAUGGCGAGUCAGAGCCGGCCAUGGACACAAGAGAGAGACAUCCAGCAGCGCUACACACCAGUCGAUCGACGCCAGGGCUGUCGCAGCAACUGAUGAGAAGGAUCUCUUCUAGCCUGCUGCAUAAUCCUACCGUGAUCCACCGGCUGAAACUGAACUCGCGGCCAAUGGUGCUCGACUCCAAUAUCCAAUCCGAGUAUGCACUGGAGGCGCCUGUGUUGCAAGGGACGAUGAGUGACGUUCCGACCCUACCAUCUCAAAUCUCAAGUCUGGUCGGAAGCAGCAAUCCACUCAGUCUUCAGUCAAUGUCAACAGCGCCAACCUCACUUGUGUCAUCCGGUGCGCCAUGGUCUGGUGAGCCGACGCAGCGAGGGCAUAACGGCAUGCGCCACAUCUCUACAGGUGGCUCUCCUUUAUAUGAGCCGUCGCCCGAGCAGCUGAGUUGCCAGUGGUUGGUUUUCCCUCGCCAGGAUUCUCCGAUACUGUCGCGACCGUCCAUCGCAACCGUGGAGAAUGCUGCUGCGGCAAAGGUCUUUUUCGAGUCGCACUUCAAUGCAAUUCUUGGACCUAAGACGACUGCUCGCUCAGUGCGUAGGCGAAACAUGGAGCGGAAACUAUUCGCCAUGGCGCUUCCCAAUGAGCAACGU